UUGGUGUCGGCUGGGUCUUCUCGGACUCAGCAAGCGGCACCCGCCGCUGGUGGAGCAACGUCGCAUGCGUUGGUCACAAACAAUGAACGCAAACGCACUGCGGGCUACUUUAGGGCAAAAGGGGAAGAAACUGGAUGUUUGGCUAGGCUGCAUCGUCUUUUUGCUGAGCUGGAGCCAUCUUUAACCGUCACGGAGCAAAACCUGGCAGACCGAGUUCGGUAUAUCUUGCGCUCAAAUAUAUUUGAUGUCGCCGAACUCGAACGGCUACGACGUGAGGCUGUUCCCUCAUCGGAUGAAAAUGCUACGGCUGAGGAUGCGGCACCACAAAUUGUGGAGCAACCCGCAAAUGUGGAUGCCGCCGUGAAUACCCCAGUUGUGGUUGAUUCAAAUGAUGAUGGAACAGUCGCCCAGGAACUGGAAUUAGAGAUUUUUGAGGACUCAUUGGAAGAGGCGAUUGUGGAAACGGUCCGAAAAUCCACCGCGACUUCCGCGCAUAGCCCUAAGCAAGCGGAAUCGGGCUGUCGUGAGGGCUCUGAACCCAAUGAUGCAGUGGAACCUAUUUGGAAGCCAGCCGGGACCUUUACGAGACGGACUCAAUUCUUUUUGGCGCCGCGCUGGCAGUCUGCCCUAUCAUAG